ACAAGGCUGCACGAAAAUGUACUCUAUAAUGAUUUUGAACAACGCUUACAAUUGAGUAAAGUAACAUGCAAUGCGUAUGGUUUUCAUUCCGCAGCCCGGCAACAGACAUAAUUUUAAAAUAUAAUGUUUAUUUUUCCACUUUUUUUGUAAUACACAGUAUUUCUAAGUAGUCUGUGUAAUACACUGUAAUCUUGUACCUAUCUAUGUUGGUGACUAAUAGUACUUAGUUAAUAUACAAAAACGUUUGUCCAUUGCCUUGUUCAGUUUGGUUCGGAGCGAUUCACAGUACAAUAUUUUUGAGAACUACAUAGUGAAUGUUCAUGGUGGAGUACAUCGCGCAAUAAGCAGUAAUUGACCAUCAUGCCGCCAUUGACGCUAGAAGGAGACACACUCGGCGAGAGGCGCCGACACUUCAACAAACUUGCCGCGGACGCAGUCGCUAGCAAACAUUAUGAACUAACGCCGCUUAGUGACACAGACAACGACAUAGACAACCUCCUGAAAAUAGAAAUCGCGUGUAAAACCAGAAAUGUCGACUACGUCAUCGAAGUAAUGAAAUCGAAGGACAUGCUGUAUGUGGCCACAGCUAUUAAAAAGUCCACAUGGAUAAUCACUGACCCGCAGUAUGCAAACAUCAUCAACCCUGAGUAUCUACACACACAACUAAAACCAUGCAUGACCACCAAAGCAUUUAACAAACUGAUGCUUCACAUCAGACUCAAUCUGAAAGAUGAAAGUCGAGUCGAAACCUUUUAUGAACAUGCACCGCUUGAUACAGAUAUCGCCUAUCAUUGGCUUCAGAACUGUUCCAUGCCUUUUAUUGAAAAUGUUAUUACGACCCAACUACUCGUACCAGUAUGGCUCUUCAAACGCUUAUGCAAGAAAUUUAGUCAUUUCUUUGCAUACUAUACACGUGUUCCGAUACAGCCCCACGAGCGAAGACAGUUAGUCCUAUUUAUGUUAAAAUCACAUACUGAUGACGUAUUAAACAUAUUAGAAGACACAACAGUUUCAUCAUAUAUGCCAGAAUUAGGUAAAAAGAGAACAGAAUUUCUUUUAAAAACAUGUCCACGUAGAAUAAUCGAUAAUAUUAAAUUAUACAACAUAUCUCUCGACACCACUGUUCUUAUAAAACAUAUAAACAAAAAUGAAAUAAGAACAUUCCUUCACAAACAUGCAAAUGAAUUAGGGUACUAUAGGAAAGUCAGCAAAUUAAAAAAUUUCAUUAGAAAAAUGAAUGAGGAAGAAAGGGUACAGUUCAUAAGGAAAGCUUUUAUUGAAAGAACUGACAUGAUUUUUAAGAAAGAUGAAAUGAGAUGUUUCGACUCUGUAACUCAUUCUUAUCAAUGGUAUGAGUUCUUUCCGUUCGAUAUAGCAUUUACCAAAAUUAAAAACCUUAUACGAAAACAAACCUCGCCGUCUGAACGAUGUGUCAUACUCUCAGUUUUGGUUAAUAGUGCAAAACAUAAUGCGGAACAUAUUAAAACUUUGGUCACAUAUGUGUUUCAAAAACACAUAAAUGUUCCGUUUAAAUUCAAAAUAAAAUUCAUAAAUAAUUUACUUUCAAACGUUACUACCCACGAGUUCGAUGAGGCCACUUGGAACAUGUUGGAUCAAAUAUUCCACAGUAUGGAUGUAUACACUGAAACAGAGAACGACGUACAACUGUGCCUGGAAUCUAUAAUUGUGCGUAAAGUUUUAAACGAUGAACCUGUGCCAGAAGUCAUAGAACAAAAAUGCACGUUUAAUUCAUUUAAAACUGUUAUUAAAACUUUAAAUGAAGAACAAAAACAUAAGUUAUUUACGUAUGUUUUUAACUCCUUACUAGGAAAAGUAAAUAACGAAACGUGUGAAAAGGAGUCUGGUUUCGAAGAAACUGUAAAAACGUUACAAAAUAUGUUUAUUUUAUUAAAAGAUUGGAAUAAAACACUCACUGAUUUCCCAAUCGUGAUCGAAAAAAUCCAAGAACUAAUUAAGGCAAAAGAAGAGAACAAGUGGACCACAGAUAUGUCAUGCUUAUACAAUGUGAACAAAUCAUGGCGCAAGUAUAUGUUUAAAGAGUCGCUAUCAUUGUCUUUGUGCGAGGAAACAUGCCUGAACGCUCUGAAGCACAAGCCACAGCUGCUGACGCGUCAUGACAAAAAAAUACACACGUUGCGAACUAACGACGAGGUCUCACUGCGGCGUGUGCUCGUGAAGCUGCGUGUCUACUGGCCGGACUCACUCGCCCGUCACUGGAUGGAGGCUUACAUGCACAGCCUAAAUGAGCCCACUGGACAAAAAUCUAUUAUUAAAGGUCUCUUUGUACUUCUUACUGCAAAUCAAGUAGUAGAAAUAUCAAAAAAAUAUGUUCCCAACGAUUUCAGUAUAAAAUGGGGCGACACCGACCAGUUCGAUAUUAUCAUACGAAAAAAUAUUGCAAAGCAUCUAUACAUGGCUAGGCCACUUGUACCACUGGAUACAGUAUUGUGGUAUGCUAAAGGUGACUAUUUACAAUACUCAGUACCUUCGCUUAAUGCAAUGAUAUCUAAUUUGGACGUAGUAGAGAGUGAGAAGUAUCUACCAAAAUUAUUAAAUGCUCCUGUAUCCUUACAAAAAUUUGGUCUUCAUCUAGCAUUUUGUAAAUUCAAACCCAAUGAACUAAAAAGUAUUUUGUCUAAUGUUUGGCAAUCUUCAAAUAAUUCAUCAAUCAGAGGCGUUAUUUUUGAAUACACCUACAAUCAAAUGUGUACAGCCAGAGAUGAAACUAUGGAAAAAGGUUUAUGGCAGUUAUUAAGCAUGUUUAUAGAUAGCUUAAGCUCAGAGGAAGGUAUUGGAAUUCAUAAGAAGUUAAGUGACGUCGAAAGAGUCCCUAUAUAUAUACAAGGAGAUUAUUAUAUGAAGAGUUAUGAGUAUUUAACUUCAUUGCCCGAAAGCGCUGACUGUAAAAAGUAUGUGAAUGAUUUACUUUCAUAUGCACAUCUAGUAAUGCAUUUGCUAAACGAGGACUUUGUCAUCAAUAAAUUAUUGUCUCCUGCAAUAUCAAAGUUUAAGUCGUUGCAUGAAUGCCAGUAUUUAAAGUCCCUUGCGUGUUUUAUAUUAUGUGGUCCAGAUGAGGAAAACCAAGUUCAGAGGUUUAGAAAGAUUAUACCUGUAAUAGACGAUUUUUUUCAGAAUUGGGACAGCAUUGAAGACGAAAGAGAACGCUGUCAAAUAAGUUUUGAACAAUUUUUAACAAAUUUGGUUAUUCACUCCAUGGACUACUUUGAAAUGAAAUAUUUAGCAUUGCCUAUACCUGCAAAAGUGUUUGCGGAUAUUCUUACUAAAAUCGAAAAUGAUUUGCCUGUAUCUGAAAACUAUGUAAUAUUUACUAGCUGGAAGCUUGUAACAACGUACAUUACAUUAUUAAAUGAAUUAAUGUGUCUUGAAACAGAUUGCCUAUUCAAUGACCUGAAACUAUUUCCUUCAUUCGGUGUAGCAAUAACACGACAUUUGAAGGAAGACUGUGAUGAAUACGGCCCAAUAGUACAUCACCGUUUCGCGGCCGCUUUUGAAAAAACCCUUGCAAUAUUACGCAUACAUAAUGAUGAAACGAAACUAGAAAUUUUGAGACACAUGUUAAACGACGAUGAAUUUAUUCCUGCUUAUCUAGUUGUCUCUAAUAUUAUGCCAAAAGAUCCACACGACGAGACAAAACAUUUACAAACAGAAAUACUUCAAAAACUUAAAAUUAAUUCAUCGCCAGUGGUACAAUUACAUUUUAAUAACGACUUUUGGGAAUAUCAUGUUGACUAAGAUUGUAAAUUUUCAUCUGAUAUCAUAUUUGACCUUUUGACCGCUAGAACGUAAAUGCAUAGCCGGCCCUCCCACGCCUAGCCACAAAUUCUGCGCAAAUACCUACACGAUUAAUUAUUGCUUUUCGACCCAUAUCUUUUACAUAAAAUAUUACUCGUAACAUCAUUAUUUUUUCAGAAGCCCUAUCCUUUGUCAUCCAAAAUAAAUGUAACAAUACUGUCAUCCUUACGGACAGCAGAAGUGCUUUACAACAUUUGGCUCGAUGCGCCUCUGGAGUCAGAGGUGUACCGAUAGCCUAUGCAGUACUCGAAAAGAUAUUGCAAUUACAGGACAAAAGCAUAGCGGUGAAACUGCAAUGGAUUCCAGCUCAUACCGGAAUACAUGGUAACGAAGAGGCGGACAAGUUAGCCAAAUUGGGGUGCAGUGAAGGAAUUAUAUAUAACACCUUACCUGAUCAUUCAGAAAUACUACCUGAACUCAAAAUGUUAAAUUACAUCAAAUGGAAAGCACACUUUAAUUUAAUAUCUAAAGAUAAGGGAAUUUGGUACAGAACACUACAGUCUGUGCCUCUUCGCAUUCCAUGGUUUGUAAUGAAUAAAAUGAACAGAAACUUGACGAGAAUAUUGUGUAGACUUAGAUCAGGUCAUAUUUCAUCAAAAAAAUUUGCGUACAUGAUGAGAAAAGUAGACUCCCCGAAUUGUGAUACAUGCCAUGUUGAAGAAGAUCUGCAACAUAUUUUGAUGGAAUGUGUCAAAAAUAGUCAGGAGCGGAGGGUGCUGAUGGGAGCAUAACAUAACAUAACAUCACGCCUUUUAUCCCCGAAAGGGUAGGCAGAGGUGCACACAGAAGUAACACCCACUUUUCACUAUGGAACACUGAUGGGAGCACUUAAACUAAAUAAAUUUGAUGUAGGUAUCGCGCAAACUAUUUUAUCAAUCCCAACGUCAAAGAAAGCAAAGAUGUUUUGCAGUUUACUUUCAGUGUUCCCACAGUAGCUUGGUUCUUCACGUCGCCCUAUUAUCCUUUAAUUUUUAAAAAUUUUAUUAGAAUUGUAGUUUUAUGCUAUGCUAAUAAUGGAUACAGUGGGGUUGUCAUGUCCUAUACCUAGGAUAAAAACCCCGUCCAAAAUAAACUGAAUAAAAAAAAAUCAUUAUUUUAUUUAUUUUGACCCUAUUUUAAAUUAUACUAUCAUUAUACAGCAGUUGCAAAGGUUUAAACAACGAACAUAAAACUAGUCUUUAGAAAAUCAAAUAAUAAAAAGGGGCAUCACUAAUCUCCUGAGUGACGUCAUCCGCUGUCGGGAAGAGCUGCCUCUGGCGUGGCUGGCACACCUUUUGACAACUGCCUAGCAUGCGACUACAUAGGGAUU